UAUCCUCUGAUUAUGCGAUUCUCCGUGACUAUAAAUACAUGUGGCUCUAGACUAGUACUCCUACGUUUAGCCCUCACUCAUUCUAGCUCAAUAGAAUCUAAUCCUCAUGGCAAAGGAUCAGCUUCAUGUCCUCAACGCCCUUGAUGUGGCUAAGACUCAGCUAUACCACUUCACGGCCAUCCUCAUCGCCGGCAUGGGAUUCUUCACCGAUGCCUAUGAUCUCUUCUGCAUCUCCCUCGUCACCAAACUCCUGGGCCGUAUCUAUUACCAUGUCGACGGCUCCGCUACGCCGGGCAUCCUCCCUCCGAACGUGUCGUCAGCCGUCAACGGUGUUGCCUUCUGCGGGACCCUCUCCGGCCAGCUCUUCUUCGGCUGGCUCGGGGACAAGAUGGGUCGCAAGAAGGUGUACGGAAUGACCCUCAUGAUCAUGGUCAUCUGCUCUAUUGCCUCCGGCCUCUCCUUCGGUCACAGCUCCAAGGGGACCAUGGCAACGCUAUGCUUCUUUCGGUUCUGGCUCGGGUUUGGCAUAGGCGGUGAUUACCCUCUCUCUGCCACUAUUAUGUCGGAGUAUGCCAACAAGAAGACUCGAGGCGCCUUUAUCGCCGCGGUUUUUGCCAUGCAAGGGUUCGGCAUCCUUGCUGGCGGUGUCGCUGAUAAUAUCGGCUGCUCUUCAAACGCGGCGUAUUUAGGCACAGGCCGUACUCUGUGGGACCCGCAUGGGUCGACCCGUGGCACAGGCUCGACUACGGUCUGGCGGAUAACUGGUUCGCUGCCAGCGCUGCUGACGUACUACUGGCGUAUGAAGAUGCCGGAGACGGCCAGGUACACAGCGCUCGUGGCCAAGAACGCGAAGCAGGCUGCGAAUGACAUGUCGAAGGUUCUGCAGAUGGAGAUUGAGACGGAGGAGCAGAAGGUGCAGCAGCUGGCGGUGAGACAAGGCAACGACUUUGGCCUCUUCAGCAGAGAGUUCAUGAAGCGCCACGGCCUUCACCUUCUCGGGACCACGACGACAUGGUUCUUUUUAGACAUUUCAUUUUACAGCCAGAACCUCUUUCAAAAGGACAUCUUCAGUGCCGUUGGAUGGAUCCCUAAGCCUGCGACGAUGAAUGCCAUCGAGGAGGUCUACAAGAUAUCCCGGGCUCAAACUCUCAUUGCCCUGUGCGGCACGGUACCGGGAUACUGGUUCACUGUGGCCUUCAUCGACAUAAUCGGAAGAUUCACGAUACAAGUGAUGGGAUUCGCGAUGAUGACCGUUUUUAUGCUGGCGCUCGCCAUACCGUACCACCACUGGACGGUGAAAGGAAACCAUAUUGGAUUCGUGGCGAUGUACGCACUGACUUUCUUCUUCGCCAAUUUCGGGCCUAACAGCACAACGUUCAUCGUACCGGCGGAGAUUUUUCCGGCGAGGUUGAGAUCAACGUGCCACGGGAUAUCAGCGGCGUCGGGGAAAGCAGGGGCCAUUAUCGGGGCGUUUGGGUUUUUGUACGCGGCGCAGAGCAAGGAUCCGGCGAAGAGGGAUUACGGGUAUCCAGCUGGGAUUGGAGUGAGAAACGCUCUGUUUGUACUCGCGGCUUGUAAUUUGGUGGGAUUGGGGUUCACGUUUUUGGUGCCAGAGUCGAACGGGAAGUCGUUGGAGGAGAUGUCCAGGGAGAAUGAGGAGGAUGAGGAGUAUGGCGGCGGUGGCGGUGGCGUCAGAACUGUUCCGGCUAUGACUCCUCCUGUUUAAUAUAAUAAGGUAAUUAGCAGUGGCGCAUCUAUAUAUACAGUGUCCAGUGUUAACAGGGCAUCGGUCCACCGUUGGAACCUAUGGAGCUUGUUAUGUGAUGCUACGAAAUCCUGGAUUCGCCUCCGGUUCAUUAGGUGCAAUUAGAUAGAUUUCUUUCCUUGUCGUGAAAGGAAAGUCCAUGGUUUAGCUGUGUUCUACUUUGCUUACGUUUCAUAUUUUGUGUUUUCUAUAGUUUGAGCUCGGAGCAAUAUAUUAUUAAAAGAUCACUCCUUUGUUUCUACUUUUAA